AUGGCGACAGAUACUCCCCCAAACCCGGCCGACAGCGCCGCAGCUCCUCCCGCGAGGCAGCCUGCAGACCUUCCCGUCUCCAACGAAGCGGGAGCUUCAUCAGCUGCGCAGUCCGACUCUGCUGCACCCAACGGAAAGCAGAACGACCGCCAGCGCGGCGGGCGCAACCAGGGCAAGAGACAUCCGAAGCGUAAGCACGACGUCGGCCGCUCGGCGUGGAGUCGCGAAGCAACCGACAAGCGCGGACGCAACACCGAGUACCAGGAGUUCAAGCGCCGCAAGGUAGCUGAAGAUGGCGAGGCAGUUGCAAAGCCCUUUACCGCCGACGAGAUCGCUGCCGAGGGCCGUCGCCCGAAGCGCAAGGUCGCCGUCAUGGUGGGAUACUCCGGAACCGGAUACAAGGGCAUGCAGAUCAACCACGAAGAGAAGACGAUCGAGGGAGACCUGUUCAAGGCUUUCGUCGCCGCGGGUGCCAUCUCCAAAGCCAAUGCCGACGAUCACAAGAAGUCGAGUCUCGUGCGCUGCGCGAGAACAGACAAGGGUGUCCACGCCGCAGGCAACGUCAUCAGUUUGAAGCUCAUCAUCGAGGAUGAGGACAUCGUGGAGAAGAUCAACGCCGCGCUCCCCGACCAGAUCCGUGUAUGGGGUAUUCAGCGAACGAACAACUCCUUCAGCUGCUACCAAACCUGCGAUUCGAGAUGGUACGAGUACCUGAUGCCGACCUACUGCCUCCUUCCUCCCCACCCCGACAGCUGGUUGUGGAAGCAAUUGGUGGAGAAGGCCAAGGAGAAUGGGUACUACGAAGAAUUCCAGGCGAAGCUGGCAGACGUCCAAGACUACUGGAGGAAGGUCGACGAGGAAGACAUCAAGCCAAUUCUGGCGAAGCUCGACCCCGAAACGAAGGCUAAGGUCCUGGAGAGAAUACACUCGGAUGUUGACGCCACGCCCGAAGAAACACAGGAGAAGCGUGCUGCCGCGCCCGCUACCGAGACAACGGAGGCGGCACCCGCCGAGCAGACGACAACUGCGGCCGAAGUUCCGGCCGGUAGUGUCAAGCCGAGAAACCGCGACCUGACCCCCGUCGACUUCGCUCUCCGCGACAUCAAGGCAGCCUUCGUCGCUGCCAAGAGGCGAUAUCGCGUCACCCCGGAGCGCCUGAACCAGCUUCAGGCCGCGCUGACCCAGUACUGCGGCACCAUCAACUUCCACAACUACACCGUGCAGAAGAGCUACAAGGACCCCUCUGCCAAGCGCCACAUCAAGUCGUUCAAGGUCAACAUGGACCCGAUCCAGAUCCGCGACACGGAGUGGGUCUCUCUCAAGGUCCACGGCCAGAGCUUCAUGAUGCACCAGAUCCGCAAGAUGGUCGGCAUGGCCGCGCUCGUCGUGCGCUGCGCGACGCCGCUUGAGCGCAUCAAGCAGAGCUACGGCCCCGAGAGGAUCGCCAUCCCCAAGGCUCCCGGUCUGGGUCUGCUACUUGAGAGGCCCGUCUUCGACUCGUACAACAAGAGGGCGCAGGACAACUUUGGCAAGGAGACGAUUGACUUCGCCAAGUACGACGACAAGCUGCAGGCUUUCAAGGACAAGCAGAUCUACCAGCGCAUCUUUGAGGUCGAGGAGGAGGAGAAUGCUUUCCACAUCUUCUUCCAGCAGGUAGACAACUUCAAGUCCGACUACUUCCUGUGGCUCACCGCCGGCGGUAUCGAGGCCGGAUCGAUCCGCCUAGCGAAGGGAGAGGCGAAGACGCUCGAGAACGAGUUGGAUGACGAGGACGAGGACCCCGAGGGUGGUGAGGGUUAA